AUUAGGCAAGUCUGGCAUCAUUGACUGAAGGGCCUUUCAGAUUUGAGAAAAUUAACAAUUCUUGAAAUUUUCUGUAAACUUUCAAAUCCAACCGAGUCUUGUUGCGCUUUCUCAAUUAAUAUAAAUGUGCAAUUUUUGAAUAUUUUAUGAGGAAACACAUAGCUUAAACAUAAAAGUCAGUUAAUGUGCAAUAAGUGCAAGCAGCGGUAAGAGAAACUGAACAAAGACGAAAAAUUGCCAUUGCAACUAAUACGAAAAAAACUGCAGACAGGGACAACGACGAGAAAAGUAACGUAGCGGCAACAACAAUAACAGAAUUGCGCAAAACAAAAACAAAUAAUGGCAAAAGAAAACGAUGAGGUGCAACAUAACAACAACAAUAGUAGUAGUAGUAGUAGCAGCAACAGAAACAAUAACGGUGUGGAUUCACUUAACGCAUCUGUGGGUGUGACGUCGACAUCGAAUGCAACAGAAAUACCAACUGCGGGAUCAUAUUGUGAAGCCGAUCUGAUGGUGGGAGAUAUAGGCAGAACCGGUGAGAAGAGCAAGGUCACAAGUGCAGGUGGUGGAGACUGUGCCGGUACAAGUUCGAGAAGUAAUCACUUUGGUGCGUCUACGUCAAGUUUUAUGCGUGGCAAGCUCAAUGACCUGGUUGCGGACCUUUGUAUAAAUGGGCCAGUUGCUGGUAAUGACAAUAACGGUGGUUAUGGUGAUUACACAAACGGCCGUACAAAUAGCAGCGGCCUACCAGAUGGCACAAUGCAACAGACAAAUAUUAGUUCUACAUGGGAACCUGUAAGCAGCAGCAUCACUAGCCAACAUGCACCACAACCACAUGCGGCGCCAACCCAAAAUUCAUCUUCAUUUUCUUUUAAACAUUUCUUAAGUAGUGGACCACCGAUUACGGCGCCAUCCAGCACUGUUACAGUCACUUCAUUGGACACAUCGGCUUCCAGUAGCACGAAUGGUCCACAAAAUAAUACUGUAAGAACAGCGUCCAGUAGUGGUGUGUCAAUUCAAACGUCAACUGGCGCACGACCAAAAGUUCCUCAGUCAGCUUCGCUUUCCAGCACAUCAAUAUCAUCGCUUAUGACUGGCGGUUUGUCGGCAAGCAAUAGUGCAGGCCAACCUGACGGUGGCAAUUCCUUUGGUACAUCAGCCACAAAAAUGAAGCGUUCCCCACGAUUUUCAUCGUUCGACUCGCAAGCAAGUCUGGCCGAAUAUGUGACUAGCGGUGCAGAUGGCGAAGGAGAGGGGGUCAGCAGCAGUGGGCCGAGUGGUGUGCGAAGUGCAGGUGUUGGCGCAAACGCAAACUCCGGCUUUCGGCUUUAUCCAGAGAGUGGCGAUCUUUUCUCGACGCCCCCACGCAGUAGCCGCGGCAUGGGUGAUGGUGGUGCGGGCAUAGGCAACAACAUAAAUAAUGCAAAUGAAUAUGAUCGGCACCAAUAUGUGCCGCGCUCAUAUUCAAACUAUGAAAUGCCCAUGUCAUCCUCAACAUCAUCGCCGCGUCGACGUACAGGCGCACCAAGCGUUGGCGCUAACGCCGGCAUGAGGGAAGCGCGUCCCACACGUCUUGCCUUAAACACAAAUUCGUCCAAACCGAAAGGGAAUUUGCCACUCAGUGACAUAAAUAGCGGUGCAUGUGGCGGUGCUGCGGUGGCGGCCGCACCACCAGUCACUCGCCCGCUGCCCAGCAAUGCCGGUGAAUUUCCCGCCGCAGUUUUGCCUGAUUUCGUACAAGAUCAUUGGCUUGACUCGUGGUAUGCGCACGACAUGCAUCUCAAUUCGCCGCCGAAUUCGCCGAUACGCGAUUUCAGUGAUGUCGAUGUGGCGGGUGGUGCAAUUGGUGGUGGCGGCGGCGGCGUUGGCAACAGCAACGUGUGCGAUGUAGCAGGUGGUAAUGGCGUGAGCGCUGGUAUCGGCAUACCAGGACCUUCGCCUGUGUAUGGUGGUGGUGGCGGCGGCGGUGCAACAGCCGAGUCCACUGCUAGUAACGCAAAAAUGCUGCCAGAUUUUCUAUCGGACGGCCCAAUAAUACACUCUUCACAGCGACUGGCCGAUGUGGCUGUCGGUUUGCCAUCUAAUUCCAUAGGCUCACCAGAUGACCCGCCGAUCUCGUCACAAUUAUCGCGGCUGCGCAUCGAAAACGAUCGUUUGCAGCGCGAAUUAAAUGACGCGCGCAUAGCACUUAAUGAACAGACGCGGCGCGCUAACGACUUGGAACGUCAGUUGCAGGCCAGUGAACAGCAGCAGCAGCAGCAACAACAACAACAGCAACACAGGCUUGAGGAGCUGCAAACGACUGAGCGCGUCGACAGUUUAACGGAAAGAAGUAAACGCACGCGCACCAACGCAGCAGCAGCAACGGGCGCAACGUCACAAAACCAUGUCAUCAAGCUGAAACAGCAGCUUGCCAAAUUGACGUCCGAAUUGGAGACGUUGCGUCAUGAAAAUGAGACGCUGCGCGAAGAGGGUGCUGUGGGCGGUUUCAAUGUACCAUACUGUGAUCGUGCGCGUCCAUUUGUUUCGGACGCGAAUGCUGGUGGCGCCGCCAGUGUAGGUGCCGCAGCAGGCGCCGCUGCGGGUGUGCGUGCUGGCACUGUGGGUCGACCGUCCAGAACACAACAAUUUUCGAGAGAUUUGCUGAGGGCAGCAUCAAAUGCGGAAAACAACCUGAGGCAACUUCUCGCUGGUGUGGAUAAUUUACGUCAAAUGGCUGCUGACAUUGAGAAUUCUGAAAUACGUGUGGGCUACGAUGUUAGUCCCGACCUAUUUUCAGACUUCCUAGACGAUUGUGAUGAUUACGAGGACUACUCGGAUGGCCCUACAUUGUAAUUUUUUGUGUGCAGCAUUAUUUUGAUUUCAAAUUUUUAUUGGUUACAUACAAUGCUAACAAUAUGAAUAAAUAUUACUUUCGUUUGGUCGCAAAUACGAUUUGUUCAACUCAACUAUGCAUUAAAUUAUAUCAAAUAUAAUACAUAAUCGUGUAUGCGUAACCUCAAACUGCGAUUAACUUAAUUUAAAACAAACAGACAAACAAACAAAAAAAAAUGCAAAAAACUCCAAUGAAAGAGUAUAAAGAAAGAAGUAUCAUGUUCACUACAUAAAUACAUAUAUAAUACAUAUAAACAUAAAUGCAGAAAAUUGUUGUAAUGUCGCUUAAUUUUUUGUACGGCUCAUUUGAGUGUUAUUUGUUUAUUGUAACGUAUUUGGUUAUUUCCAGUGUCUAUUUACUUUGCGAAAGCAAUGCAAUAAAUGCCUUCUAACUUUACCGCAGUUAAGCAAUAAAGUGCAAACGAACAUACACACACACAAACAAAUACACAAGGGAAAUAUAAACGAGCCUCAUCGCGCUACAACAACAACUAUUCAUUAAAUAUGUAAAGAUAAAUAGUGUUAAAAGCAGAGAUUUUGUGUAAACUACUAGUGCUCGCCACAAAAAUAACAAAAACCGUAAAAAUUUACUUGCAAAAUAUUGAAAAUACCUACUUAUAUAAUAACAACAACAACAGCCGUAGACUAAUUUGAAAAAUUUGAUUAUUACAAAUCAUUUGUUUUCCUUGCGUUUUGGUUAAUACAAUAUUGUGCAAAAAAAAAAUUAAAAUUAAUGCUUGUUUGGUAAUGUGUACAUAAUAAUGUUAAUUAUAUCAUUUAUUGUGAUUUCAGCAAACAAAAAUUUGUUGUAUAAAAAGUGAAAAAUAUGUUUUGAACAGCUUUAAGCAGUUGAUUUUAGUAGUAUGGAAAGCAUAAAUAAAACAAAUCAGUUGAAACAAUGAAAACAAAGUGUUUUUUAA